UCUCUGGGCUCACACCGGGAGGAGGGGAGCAGCCCGCCCGCGCCGCCGCUGCCUCUCCCGCCGGCUCGCGAAGACGCAGACCCGGUCCCCGCAUCGGCCGGGUGAGCCAGCUGCUGUCCUUGGGUGCGCUGUUCCCCGGGGCGCACGGAACCUCGUGGGACCCAAGCUGGCCGCUACAGGACUCUCUGGGCUGACUCGGACCUCCGGGGGCGGGGUGGGAGCUCAGGUAGGGAAAGUGGGUUUGUGUUUUUCCUAUAAAGGUAAGGACUCUUCUCUCUAGCACUUCCUUGAUGUAGCCAACGAGUCAGAGGAAGAUUUCAACAGGUGGCCGAGAGCGAUCACGUGGGGCAGGUUGGGCGCCGGCCACCCCCUCCCUUAGGAACUGCUCUUCUCCGCAGAGCUGCGCGUGGUCCACAAGCCUCAGUGGUGCCCUCCGUCCAUUCCGCCUCGCAGCCCCGGAGUCCGCGGCGCUGUUGCGCUGAGAGGGCGGCGGGAACGGGCCUCCCGUAGAAGGCCGGUGACUAGCUCGGAGCGCGGGUCGGGUCCCCGGGACCGCAGACCCCCGCGGGGCAACGGCGGAGAAGACCGAGUCUCUGUCCUCGCCAGGAUGCACAACGCGUCGUACUGGGGGCCGGAGCGCGCCAACACGUCGUGCCCCGCGCCCGCACCCACUCUCGGCUGCCCCAACGCGUCCGGGCCGGCGCCGCCGCUGCCGCCGCCGCUGGCCGUGGCCGUGCCCGUUGUGUACGCGGUGAUCUGCGCGGUGGGACUGGCGGGCAACUCGGCGGUGCUGUUCGUGCUCCUGCGGGCGCCGCGCAGGAAGACCGUCACCAACCUGUUCAUCCUCAACCUGGCCGUGGCCGACGAGCUUUUCACGCUCGUGCUGCCUGUCAACAUCGCCGACUUUCUGCUGAGGCGCUGGCCCUUCGGGGAGCUCCUAUGCAAGCUCGUCGUGGCCGUCGACCAGUACAACACCUUCUCCAGCCUCUAUUUCCUCACGGUCAUGAGCGCCGACCGCUACCUGGUGGUGCUGGCCACCGCCGAGUCGCGCCGAGUGGCCGGCCGCACGUACGGCGCCGCGCGCGCGGUGAGCCUGGCCGUCUGGGGGGUCGCGACCCUGGUGGUGCUGCCCUUCGCGGUGUUCGCGCGGCUCGACGAGGAGCAGGGCCGGCGCCAGUGCGUGCUGGUCUUCCCGCAGCCCGAGGCCUUGUGGUGGCGCGCGAGCCGCCUGUACACGCUGGUGCUCGGCUUCGCCAUCCCAGUGUCCACCAUCUGCGUCCUCUACACCUCGCUGCUGUGCCGGCUGCGCGCCAUACGCCUCGACAGCCACGCCAAGGUCCUGGACCGCGCCAAGAAGCGGGUGACCGUCCUGGUGGUGGCCAUCCUGGCCGUGUGCCUCCUCUGCUGGACGCCCUACCACCUGAGCACCGUGGUGGCGCUCACCACCGACCUCCCGCAGACGCCGCUGGUCAUCGCCGUGUCCUACUUCAUCACCAGUCUGAGCUACGCCAACAGCUGCCUCAACCCUUUCCUCUACGCCUUCCUGGACGACAGCUUCCGCCGGAGCCUCCGCCAGCUGCUGGCGUGCCGCACCACCUCCUGAGCCCGAUAACGAGGACCCGGCGUUCCGGGUCGCUCAGGGUGGUUCCCGACCCGCGGCGCUCCCGCAACCCCUCUCCCAGCUUGCUAGAGAUGCGGAUUCUUGGGCCUGUCCCGGGACCUCCGGCCUCGGAAGCUCUGUGGCUGCGCGCGCAAUUUGAAUUUGCCGAGGCCUCAGGGUGCUGCGGGAGCGCGCGGAGCUUGGGGACCGCUGCGGCUGACAGCGCACAGACGGCUGCCUAAUGCCAAAGGGCACCGAGGCAACCCCUGAGCUUGACACGGGAGGGGAGGAAGAGGGUCGUGACGCUGAGACCCACUUUCCGUUCCCCUCUAGCCUCCCGCCCCAGCCGAGCGCAGCCCGGAUCUAGGAAGAGCCCUCGGCGCCGUCAUGGGAGAAGCCCUUUGCUGCGGGCGCCCUGGCUUCGGCUCCACGCUCGGCUUCUCGAAUUUCCAGCAGCGACCGUCUGCGCUGCUCCAGCUGCAGAGCAGCCUGGCACGGGGCCCUGGCGCUUUUCCGCGCGCUCUCGCCGCUGGGGAAGAGGGUCCGGGUGCGCGCGGGCGCUCCCACCUCGCCGAGCUGGAGAGAGGCUGAGGCCGCCCGGGAAUUCGCGAGGGACUCAGAGCAGCUCGGGGUGCUGCUCUGAGUGACGGGGCAGGGGAUGAAUGUGUGCGUGCGUGUGUGUGUAUGUGUGUGUGUGUGUGUGUGUGUGUGUGUCAAUGUGUGUGUGCGCGCGCCUAGCGGAAGCCGGGGCUUUGGGUGAAGGAGGAUGGAAAUGGGCUGUGAUGUCUACACAGCAGUUAUUAAUAUAAAAGCGGUGAUAAACCCUUCGUGUCCCAGCCACUUCUCUCUUAGCGUUUCCACUUUCCCACUCCUAUGGUCACCGCGGAGCCCCGCGCGCCAGGCUCGGGAAAGGCCAGGAGCCGAGUCCCCGGCAGGGUUGCGGCGCCCCCUGGUGGAGCCACUGCUGGCGCCGAGCAUCCCAAACAGCGCUGUGUGGACAGGUGAGCGAGCGCACAUGCAACGCCGCUCUCUUCCGUGGCUCGGUUACUCGUCAUCGCUUCCCUCUGCAGAGGGAUUCAAUCCCCCUACGCCCCUCUGCCCCCGACGACCUCUAGUACAGCUUGGAGCAGUUCGUUGCAAUUCUUUGUGUGCAUAUUGCUUUUCGAGGUUGAGAACUUUAUAAAUAUGUGUGUACUAAAACGUGUACAAAACGUGUACUAAUCUCACAGGUUUUUGUGGACUUAAUGAGAUUAAGAGGAGAUGCGCAUCCAUUCCAGCGUUCCCUUUCUCCUCAUAUGCUUCAUUCUCUUCGCCUCAGAGAGAGCUGAAAUGAUGAGACCUUAUAAUAACCUCUCCUGGGUUCCUUUCCACAGGGCCUUGGGUGAUGUCUGGUCCAAGCUGAGAAAGGAAACCAGACAGCACCCUAUCUUUAUUUUAUCUUCACUUACAGGAGACAAAAGUGAAUUAAUAGAGAGGACUGACAUUAGCUUUGCCCAGCCAUCUAUAGUCUUCAGACCUGAGGGCAGAGCAUUAACCAGACUCCAGUCAUUAAUGAGCAUUUUAAAAGAGGUUCCCCCCCUCCCUUUGGGAUGAAUUCCAAACAGGAAUGAAAAUUUCUAAAAGUAUUUGUUUCCUACGGUCAGGAUUAGGUGUGAUCUAACGUAGUGUUGCUGGUGUGGCAGGAUUUGUUAACUUAGAUUAAUGGACAUUAACCACUUUCUCUUAGCUUUAAAAUACUUUUAACAAAAUAAAUGAAAUGGAAAAUCAGGAAGGGAGUUCUUCCCCCUCCCCUCCCCAAGGAAGACGCUAACUCCCUUCCUGGUUUUCAUGAAUAAGAAUUGCUUCCUUGGCUCUCAAAGCUAUUAGGAACAACAGGGUGAUUCAUAGCUAUCAGUUUAGAAAAUGUAAAUUUAGAAACAUACCUUGGGUGACAAAUAAUAGUAUUAAUAGCUUCAGAAUAUGGUUUUCUAUUUCCAGUGCAUUUUGAUAGCAUUUGAACAGUGCUCUGCUGGUGGGUUUCAGAGCUCUCUUCAAAUUCAUUUUAGUAUCUUUCAAAUUUCUUGGAAACAUUCUAUUUACUUUCUUUGUAACUCACAAAAUUAUUUUGUGAAUCCUGAGUAGUUUUUCAACAUUAAAAAUGUAAGUGUAGAGUAACUGCUCAUCCUUUGAGGUGAUGGACAAAAAGCAAAGUGGAUAUUCUGCCACAAACCCAGAUUUGAAGCUUCGUCUGUCUUCGUAGAGUGAGUGACUGUAUUUUGACAUCCUCGGGAUACACAUCGGGCAGAGCCGAGUGACCCGCCUAUCGACGGCACCCCCCGCCUCCCCCCCCCCCCCCCAACACGGAUCAGCCUGGCUGUCUUUGAAUCUACAAGAAGAUCACUGGAAAAAACAGGACUGACAUGGCUGUGUUGUCCAUGCAGCCAGGCGUGGACUGGCAUCCUUGUAUGUGUGUGUGAUUAAAUGGGACCCAGUACUUGUUUCCUCCUGGCUUUCUAUAUCGUUGGAUAAACUGUUGUAUCAUUGUUUCUAGGUUGUUGCCUUCAUAACAACAUGUAGAAGUCCAGACUAUAAGUCUCAGGCUACCUUCUUAUGACUUAGGUACCAAGCAAAAUAACCAUGCCAGUAGCCCUGCCACAGUAGAAUUUACUCACCUCAUUGCAUUGCAAAGGUUUUAACUCUGUGUUGAAUUUUUGCAGUCUUCCUGUAAACUGUGUUGUUUGGUUCUACCACUUCUGUUAUUUUAAAAUGUCUACUUGGUUUUACUAGGUUUUACUUAGUACAAUUAUGUAAUGUAUGUGCUUAGGCAUUCUCUAGAGAAAUGCAGAAAUUCUGCUUGUCCAUGGCAAGGAAGCUCUGGUUAAAAUAAAAGCUGAAACAUUC